GGGGCAUAGUUCCCUGGCCGCUUGGGCCAUUAAUAUGGUUGGAGUAGUUCUUCCACGCGCCUGUGCAAAUCUCGCUUUGGAGCGUGAUGUUGGUGAUGAUGCAUGGCCUGUAACAUCAUACAUCGGUAGUGUUACAGCGGCGAGCAGCACAAUGGGCUGCGGCGUUAGCAAGAAUGCGCGGGCCCCCAGUUUUCAGGCGACGGAGACGUUGCAGGAUGAGGACGACGAGGCGCACUGGCACCUGUACGUGCCCUGGGCACACGAGGACGCAGACCUGGGGCUCAAGGCCGACAGCCCGAGCCCCGAGGCCGCCGCCGCCGCCGCCGCCACCGCCGCGCGCCCCCCGGGCAGCGGCGCGGUGCGGCUGUCCUUCCUGCUGGACUUCGUGACUCAGCGGCUGCCGUUCGGGGAGCCGCACAUGGCCACCUGGGCCGUGGUGCACAGCAUCAUCCAGCCCGCCACCGCCGGCACCUCGGGCGCCUACGUGGCCCUGCCCGACAUGGCCGACGCCGCGCAGCCGCCCGCCUCCACAGCGCCCUACUACUUUGUGAGCCACGCCUGGAGCCGCCCGCUGCGCGAGGCGGCGGCGCUGCUGGCGCACCACUUCCGCGGCCACGACCCGCGCAGCGUGUGGGUGUGGAUGGACGUGUUCGCGCUGCGGCAGGAGCCGUACGGCGGCAGGGCGGGGCCGGACCUGGCGGCGGUGGAGGCGGCGGUGCGGCGCUCCGGCGGCGUGGUGUUGUGUCUGGACGAGCUGGCGGCGGCGCUGCGGCGCACCUGGUGCCUGUACGAGGCCUGGCUGGGGGCGGUGGCGCCGCCGCUACUGAUGGGGGAGCAGGAGGAGGAGGAGGGCGCAGCAGGGGCAGCAGGGGCAGCAGCAGGGGCAGCAGCAGGGGCAGGAGGGGCAGGGGCAGGAGGGGCGGCAGCAGCAGGAGGAGGAGGGGUGGGGGCGCUGCCGCCAGUGGGUGUGACGGCGCUCACGCCGCGGGCGCUGCUGCCGGAGGAGCGGGCGCGCCUGUUCAGCAAGAUCGACGUACGUGAGUCGCGCUGCAAGUACCGCACAGACCGAGACGCGCUGCUGGCGGCGGCACGGGCGGGCGUUACAAACCUGGCAGGCGGCGGCGGCGGCGCAGCCGCAGCCGCCGGCGGAGGCAGUUUGGACGCGGUCAGUGGCGUGCUGCGUCUGGCGCUGUCCCUGGGCCCCCAGGCGCCAGGGCCCUACCCCGAGCUACACCCCGGCCCCAGCAGCAGUGGCAGUAGCAGCAGCGGGCCGGGCGGCGCGGCGGCAGUAGCUGCGGGCGGCGCGGCGGGCGGGCGCCUGGCAGUGGUUCCGGAGCUGUGGGACAUGCGGGUUGUGGAUGAGUGGCUGGCACUGCCGCAGAGCGACAAGCGGCACCAGGCGCUGGUGCUGUACGGCCCGGCCGCCAGUGGCAAGUCGGUGGCGGCGGCGGCGGCGGCACACCACCUGUCCCGGCGGCACGGUCUGCCUGUGGCGGCGCACUUCUGCUCCGUCAGCGACGUGCGCAGCCUGUGCCCCAUAGGCCUGGUGGUGGAUCUGGCUCUGCAGCUGUCGCGGCUGCCGGCGCCGCUGGGCCCGCGGCUGCUGCGGGCCUACUCCGCGCUGCCGCCGCCGCUGCUGGCGGACCUGAUCAGCGCCAACAACGGCCCGGCGCCGGUGGAGGCGGCGGUGGAGGCGCUGCUGGUGCAGCCGCUGCAGAAGCUGCAGCAGCCGGACGACGACGAUGAGCAGGACGAGCUGGACGACGAGGCGGCGGCGGAGGCGGCGGCGGCGCGGCUGGGUCGCGGCGGCGUGCAGGCGCACAACGACGACGUGGGGCGGCCCGGAGGUGGCUGCGACGAGGAGGAGGAGGAGGCGGGAGAGGGAGAGGGAGAGGGAAAGGGAGGCGGCGGCGGCGGACUGGGGGGAGUGAGGUCCAUGCGUGUGCCGGCCCCGCGCUUCACUAUGCCCAAGGCCAUCAUCCUGAUCAUCGACGGCAUCGACCAGGCUGACGGCGCCAUUGUGGGUGGCGCCGCGCCCCACGACAACCAGGUGCUCCAGCUGAUUGAGGAGCAGCUGCCCAAGCUGCCCUCCUUCUGCCGCCUGCUGCUCACCAGCCGCUCCCUAGCCUACGUGGUGCCGCGCCUGGCGCAGCGCCUCACCCCCGCCGAGGCCGGCCCCGCGGCGCUGCGGGCGGCCGGCCCCUUCGCGCGCAACAUACGCCUGGCGCUGGCAGCGGCAGACCCCUCGCUCACUCGGCGCCAGCGCGCCGCCACCGCCUCGGGUCUGGUGUCGCGCGCUCAGGGCUCCCUGCUGCACAUCCAGAUGGCGCUGGCGUACUGGGAGCUGGAGCGCGAGGCCGCGGCGGCGGCGGAGGAGGAGGAGCGGCGGCUGGCGGCGGCACUGGCGGCGCGACAGGCGGCAAAGGCGGCGGCGGGGGCCAGCGGCCACUCGACAACCAAUGGCGGCGGCGCGGCGGCGACGGCAGCCGGCGGCGGCGCGUGGUCGCUGAGCGGCGGUCUGGGGGCGGCGGCGGCGAAUGGAGGGGGAGGCGGCGGAGAUGGAGGGGGAGGGGGAGGGGGAGGCGGCGGAGGGCCGAGUCUGGAGCGCACCGCUACCAACAGGAGCACUGGGUCCAAGUGGCAGCUGUCUCUGAGCGAGCUGCCCUCCAGCCUACACGGCCUGUUCGAGAAGUACCUGGGGCUCAGGCUGCGCAUGCUGGAGUCGUCGGAGCUGCGCCACCGAGUGGCGGCACUGCUGGCGGUGCUGGCGGCGGCGCGGGAGCCGCUCACCGCAGUGCAGGCGGCGGCGGCGCUGUCUGGCGGCGGCGGCGGCGGCCCGGGCGGGCUACAGCCCGCCGUGUCUCUGUCGGGCCAGCCCCAGGGCGCGCUGGGUCCGGAGCGCCUGCUGCGUGACCUGGCCCGCCGUGGGCUGGGGCUGCUGGUGCGGCUGCGCGGCGGCGGGCGGCGGGCGGGGCACGCGGGGGCGGAGCUGGUGGUGCUGCACAGCGCCGUGGCGGAGUGGCUGCAGGCCAAGCCGCGUGUGCUGCUGGGCGGCACAGUGGUGGUGGACGUGGCUGCUGGCCACCGCGCCCUGGCCGCAUACUGCCGAGACGACAGCCUGGCCUGCCUGGACCGCGGCCGACUGGCCCCACACCCCUACUCCGCCCGCCACCUCUUCCUACACGUGGGCCUGGCCGCCCUCGCCGCCUCCGCCCCCCACCACGACUCCCUGUCGCCCAUCUCAACAGUCACCGGCACAACCGCGCGGUCCUCCGCCGCCGCCUUCCGCCGCCGCUCCAGCACCAACUCGGCCGCCAAUGCGGCGGCGGUGGCGCUGGCGACGGCGCUGGCGGCGGCGGCGGCGGCGGCGGACUGGAUAGGCACGCUGGAGCUGCUGCUGCAGCGGCUGGACCUGUGGGGUGCCAUCUACACGGCGGGCGCGGGCGCGGCGGCGCGGUGGGUGGUGAUGGCGCUGGCGGCCCUGCCCAUGUGCACCAUUCCCUCCGCAGACCCCGCCUGCACGGACUCGGUGCUGCUGAUGCUGCUGGCGGAGACGCGGCGCUGGCUGCUGCUGCAUCACGAGCGGCUGAUGUGGUACCCGGGCGCGGUCAUCGCCGCCGCCGCCUCCAUGCCCGACGAAUGCAUCCUGCGAGGCAGGGCGCUGGAGUUCGCCGCCGGCUCCGAGGCAGCUGCACGGCAGUACGACGCACGUGGCCGCGCCGACUCCACAGGACACGGCAGCGCCGCAACCGAAGGCGGCGGCGGCGGCGGCGGCGGCUGGGGCUGGGGCGCUCCUAUCUCCACCCUACUGCAGCUCUCCUCGCCCGUGCAAGCCGAUGGGGGCGGCGGCGGCUGGGGCGGCGCUGACGGCAACGCUGACGGAGGCGGCGGCGGCGGCGGCGCUGCCUGGCCGUCUGACGGGCACAGCCUGGUGCUGCUGAGUACGGGCGAGCGGUGGAGCUGCUGCGUGCAGAGCCUGCGGGCGGGGCCGGGGCGGGUGCUGGGGGCGGCGAUACAGCCGGCGGGCAAGCUGCUGGCGACACUGCACGACGACGGCCGCGGCAUUGUGCUGUGGGACCUGUGGGGCGCGAGGCCGCUCAUGACACUGGCACACAGCCAACACCUCACGCCGGCAGCGGCAGCAGCAGGAGCAGGGGGUGGGGGUGGGGGUGCAGGGGCGCGGGGCAGCGGCUCGGGCGGCUCGGGCGCGGCGCGGCCCAGUGCGCUGCUGUUCACGCCGGACGGGCGGCGGCUGCUGUGCGCGGCGCGCACGCUCAUGGUGUGGGAGGUGUCCACCGGCCACCUGCUGCUGGAGCUGCACAAGCCGCCGCCGGCAGCGGGCGGGUCGGGCCGGCUGAGAGGCGGCGGCGGCGGCGCGCGCGGCCCGCAGUCCGGUGGCGGCGGCGGCGGCGGCGGCGUGGCGGCGGCGGCGGGCGGGGAUGUGGAUGUGGAUGGCCACGUGACGGCCAUAGCGCUCAGUCCGGCGGGCGGCCGGGUGGCGGCGGGGCAUGCCAACGGCGCCACGCGCGUGUGGGACGUGCCCUCCGGCAAGCUGCUGUGUUGCCUGCCGCCGCCGCCGCACCGCCGGCCCGUGACCGCGCUGGCCUUCGCGCCGCCGCUGGGCGCCGCGCUGUGUGUGGCGCACGGCGACGGCGCCGGACCCGACCUGCCGCUCAUGCGCGCCAGUGCGGGGGCGCCGGUGGCGGCGGAGGAGCUCGGUGACGUGCCCACUGCGCUCAUCAAGUCGGACGAGCUGACCAUACACGUGUGGAAGGUGGCACCAGGCGCACCUAAGGAGCUGGAGGUUCUCAAGGGCCACACGGGCCGUGUCAACACACUCGCCUUCUCCACACACGACCUAAACAUGAUCACCGGCUCGGCCGACGAGACGGUGCGCACCUGGUGGGACGACCCCAUCACGCCGCAGUCCGACUACCGCCAGCUCUUCAUCCUGGGCGGCGCGGGGCAGGGCGCGGUCUACUCCCUGGCCUUCACACCCGCGCCGCCGCCGCCGCCGCCGCCGCCGCCACAGCCCGCCGCCAGCGGCGGCAGCGCCAGCGGCAAGGGCGGAGACGCCGCGGCGGCGGAGGUGACGGAGACGCCGCUGCUUGACUUCGCGGCGCCAUCAUUUGCAUCGCUGGCGGCGGCGGCGAUUGGCGGCGCGGUGGCUGCACGUGAUCUGGACGACUCAGAUGACGCAUCAGUCAGCACACUGACGACCAACGCCGGCGCCGCCGCCAGGGCCGCCGGUGGCGUGGCGGGCGAGGGCGUGGAUCGGUACGGCGGUUACGAUGACGACGAAUCCAAACCGGAUCCAGACGACCUGCCGGUCAUGGCGUACAGCACUGGAUCCGGCGUGAUCCGGCUGUGGUCGCCCAAGGCCCAGAAGCAGGUGGGCCUGCUCCGCGGCAUGGAGGGCCCCGUGCACUCGCUGUCGCUCACCGCGGACGGCCGACUGCUGGCGGCGGCGCUCAGCCUCAGCCCCGACGGCAGGAGGCUGGCCAUUGUGUGCGCCGACCUGACCAAGGAGUGUGUGCGGGUGGUGGAUGUGUUCAGCGGCCGGCGCCUGGCCACCAUGGCUCCCGGGGGGGCGGCGGGCGGCGGCCAUAGCGGCAAGGUCAAUGCGGUGGCGUGGAGCUGGGACAGCAGCAGGCUGGCCACCGGCUCCGACGACCUGAGCGUGCGGGUGUGGUACGUGUCAUCCCCCAACCCCCCGCCCGGCAACACCCUCGCCGCCGCCGCCUCCGUCAUCGAAUCCGAGCUGCUACAGCAGCGGCAGUCAGGCGCCGGCAUCGGCAGUAGCAGCGCCGGCGCCGGCGACGAGGGGGCUGCUACAGCCGCCGCGGAGGCGGCUGCUGCUACAGCCGGGGGCUUGCCGUCCAAGCCGGGGGCGUGUCAGCUGGUGUUGUCGGGUCACCACCGGAAGGUGCAGUGCGUGUCGUGGGCUCACAGCGGCCGCAGGCUGGCCAGCGGAGGAUACGACCAGAUGGUCCGCAUCUGGGACUCCGGCACCGGCGAGCAGCUGCUGCUCAUCUACCAGCUGGCCUGGGUGGCGGCGCUGGCCUGGGCGCCAGACGACACCAGGCUGGCCUCGGGCGCGGGCGGCAAGAGUGUGUAUCUGUUCAACGCCACCACUGGCAAACAGCUCGCAGCCUUCAACGGAAACACGCACUCACUGCCGGCGGGGGGAGCCGCCGCAGCCGCAGCCGGAGGAGGAGCCAAGCCGCAGACGGCGUCGGGAGCCGCAGCUGAGUCCGCAGCAGGCGGCGCAGGGGCAGGAGCGGCGGCGGCGCCUGCGGCGCCUGCGGCGGCGGCAGAGGGGGGUGCGGCGGAUGACGACUCGACCUGGAUGAGCUCCAUUCAGUUCAACCCCGACGGCACGCUGCUGGCCACGCGCGACUGCCACGGCGCCGUGGGUCUGUGGGACGUGGGCGGCCCCGCCCGGCUGCGGCCGCUGCGCAGCCUGGAGGGCGCCUGGCGGGCGGCGCUGUUCGACCCGCGGGCCGGCGACCUGCUGCUGUUCGACUUGGCCAACACGGGUGUGCUGCUGACGCACGCCAUCUCCGCCCGCUCGCUGCCUCUGGGCCGCUGCGUGCUGCGCUCCGCGGCGCCCAGCCACCCGCUGCUGCAGUUCCGCGGCGCCAGCUCCGAUGCCGCACUGGCGCACAACGCAGCCGUGCUGCUGUCAGCGGACAACCGCGCCUUCUUCUUCGUGACGGGCCACCACAUGGCGGAGCAGCGCCGCGACGCCGCGCGGGCCCAGCGCCACGUCAUGACGGCGGCGGCGGCGGAGGCGGCGGCCGCCAGCAGCAGCAGCAGCGGCUGGCCCCCGCACGCCGCAGGCACCAGCAGCGGGCAGGGAGGGGCGGCGGGGCGGGAGGCGGGCGCUUCUAGUGGGGGCGGGGCGGGAGGGGCCGGGGCAGGGGCAGGGGGAGGGGCAGGGGCAGGGGGAGGGCUGAGCGGGUCGCCUAGCCUGGUGCUGGGCACGCGGGGGUCGGACCUGCAGCUGCCGGCGCGCUAGCAGGCGGCUCAGGGGCUCGGGGAGGAGGGGAGGAGGGGAGGAGGGGAGGAGGGGAGGAGGGAGGCAGUGCGGAAGACAAGCUGGGGCGGUGGCAGGUUCGCGUGCGCAUUGUGCUUUGAUUAGGAGCUGCGUUGAGGCGAGGAGCGACCAGGAGCGACGGGCGAGAUCGGUUGUGUGCCGGGUUAUGGCAAGAUGUAUGGGGGCUAGGGCUUGUUUGCAUGACGCAUCAGGAAGCAGUGAGGUGGAAGGAUUAUGUUCACCGACCCACACACCGGGGGUGGCGGGAGGGCGGCGGCGUGCACACACUCACAGCUCAGUGGAGAGGGCCGCCCCCGAGUGGCGCAUGCGAGGGUGUGAGUGAGCCGCUGGUGUCGACGACCUGCCGUCUGCGUGCCCAAACCGUCGUCUGGUGCUGGACUGCUGGUGUGCAGAUGUGCAUGCGGGCGGCCGCGUGUUGUUGGCGACGGCAUUGGAGGAGAGCUGUAAGCCUGUACGGUG